GUGAGACGUUUGGGGGAGGAAAUGGCGAGAUUUGAAACUGAAACAUUUCGCAUUCUUUGUAUUGGACCAAUGCAUUCUGGAAAAACAUGUUUUAUUGAUUCAAUGUCGUCGGCCUUACUGCGAAAGAUCACUCACAAGGUAGAAGGAUACGGUGCAUACGGAGGGCGGAAUGAUUGUCCAAACACAGAAAUGUUUCAGAUGUACAAAGUUGGAGACAAAAGAAGCAAUGUUUAUUUUGGUGAUAUGCCUGGGUUCGAAAAAGUUGACGGUAUUACAAAGGAAGAUAUACUAAGCAUUGUGGAAGGCAACAUUCCAAAGAAAUUUAGUUCUCAAGAUGCAACUCCAGAAGUUCAGCUUGGUAAAGGGGAUAAAAUCCACUGCGUCUGUGUUGUUUUCGAUUGCAAGUCUGUUGAUGCUGGAUUACCGACUGAAGUUAAGACAACAAUAAACACAGUCCUAAAAGUUCUGUCCAAGAAACAUAUUCCUUACAUUGUGAUUCUGACCAAGGGAGACGAACUAAGUGAGAACAUACAGUUUGAUAAACUUCUUGUGUACGAAAGCAAGCACGUUAAAAGAUGCGUGAGAGCACUCUACACGGAGUUUAACUGUAGACAAAACGUGAUAUUUCCAGUAAUCAAUUACAUCAAAGAAAGCAAUGUUGAUGAUGCUUGUGACAUUCUAUUACUAGAUGCUCUGAGGGAGAUUUUAAUACUUGGCAGGAAAGAUUUGGAGGAAGAAAAAGCGUCAAACUACGAAUCAGAUCAAUGAAAAUGUUACCUCGGAAUUCGUGAAAGCAAUAACAUUUGUUUUAGAAUUUUUGUCACAUAACAUGUGUUAAAUGC